CUUGACCGCGACAAUAUUCAACUGUAUCUUCCCAAUUCUACAGUGGAGGUUUACAACAUGGCGCCACCUCUACACGAUCUCGCCGAAAUUUUCAAUGACCUCGGAGAUCUAGAGCAAGGCUUUGCUCGGAUUGAGCUGGAUUCAUUGCGAAGAAAAGAAUUCCUCUCACGGCCUCUCUAUUCAAAGAGAAAAGCCCUAUUUGAGCGAAUCCCAGAUUUCUGGCCAACCGUGUUUCGUUCAGGACCUGAGCAGAUCCGACAAUUCUUCUCUCCAGACGACCUUCCGCUUCUUGCCUCCAUCGAUGCUUUCUCCGUCGACCGGUAUCAGAUUCAGUCGGAAUCCGAAGGGGAUCCUCGCAGUAUUCGAUUCACCUUCCACUUUGCUCCCAAUGAGUUCAUAGAGGACACCACCUUGAUCAAGGAAUUCGAAUAUCGUAACACCGGAAAUGGAUCUGGUGACCUCAUCUCGAAGCCGGUUCCGAUCAAAUGGAAAGGAAAGAAGAAGGAUCCAACUCGCGGUCUUCUCGAUGCCGCCGUUGAUCUUUACAAUGCAGAGGAGGCGCUAAAGCUCAAGAACGGAGACAAGGUGAUUGAUGUCGUGGACCGGGAGGCACUGUGGCAGCAUGAGAAGCUCCGGGAAAAGUUGGUCCAGCUUGAGGAGGAAGAAGACGACGUUCACGGCCCAAGUUUCUUUUCUUGGUUUGGUUUCAGGGGCGUGGUCGAUGCCGAGAAAUUAAAAAGAUUGGCUGAAAAGGGACUAGAUGAGUCCACGGAUGAGGAGGAUGAAAGCGAAGAUGAUGAGAUUGAAGGCAUGUUGGAUGUUGAGAUCUUCCCAGGCGGCGACGAGAUAGCCGCCGCCCUGGCAGAGGAUCUCUGGCCUGAUGCCAUGGACUAUUUCCUGUCGGCUGCCCAAGAAGGCGAGUUCGAUGAUGACGAUGACGACGAUGACGACGAUGACGACGAUGAGGAUGAUGACGAUGGUGACGAUGACGACGCUCCGGAAUUGGUGGAGGCAGAGGAGGAUGACCACAGACCGCACAAGAAGCCGCGCAAUGGUUGAAAUGUUAGUCCCGGUCGUCUGGAUAUGGCUGGGAUAUCGUCGUCCACAGAAGAAGCUUGUUAAGAGGCUUCUGCUUCUCUUCGGGUUUCCACGGAUGGGCUCAGCGGCUUCCCUCAAACGCCGUCUGUUUGGUCGGGGUCUGGUCGGGGUCGUCUUCAGGCGUUCAGGAUUCCUGAUUUCCCUCCAACGCUGUGGUCCUUAGCAAGAACCAACCGCGUAGCAUUCAGGUAUGCUCAUCGGUUCUGGAGAUGUCCAACCGAAAGUUAGGGCCGCCUUUGCUCUCAAAUGACAAUUACUAGAAUCAACAAUAUCACCAAAACCACAAUCAGAACGCCAAUGCAGCAACUGCUCACGCUAUCUUCAUUCCGUCUAAUCACCUCGCCCACUUUCUUCACUCCGACGCUCAACUUCCCACCCACCCGGUCUGCCAGCGUGUCCACCUCGUCUAGCAAGGCACCUUGUUCCUCUAGCUCGCGGCCCAUGUCUUCUGCCUGGCCACGCAAGACGCCGACACUUUGGAAAACGCCGUCAAGUUGUUCGUCUUGUUCGCGCAUCAUCAUCUCUUGCUGCUGAGUCUCGAAGGCCCCGUAGGGGUCGUCGUCGUCUUCGUCAUCGUGAUCAUCUUCAAAGGACGAGGGAUUUGGUAGUCUCCCGUUAGGUCCUCUUGUGGUGCUGCUGCCUCCGCCGGGCGCAGUAGUGGUCGAUGUAGGGUAUACUCCUCCGGCGACGUGUGUAUCUGUAGUGACGCCUUCCAAUUCCC